AUGACGAGGUUAAAGAGCAACGCCUGGUCGUACGACGACAACGCCGCCAUCGCUAAAUUCCUGGCCCUGAAUGAUCAAGCAUUCGCCGUUAGCGUAUUCGCGGUAUUGGACGUGAAUUCCACCGACAGCACCGCAUCUCAGGACAUAGGCCACAGUGAAGUGACGUCCUCACUCGUCGACAACUGGAUGGCCGUGGGCCUACCGCACAGAACCAACGUUUCGCGCAUCGCCUCGAUGGCCAUCGAGAGGCUCUCCUUCGUGGUUGCAACCACCAACGGUAGAGUCGCGCUGAUGCCCUACGCUUUCUCGUUCCCUUUCUUCGAGCUGCGCGGCACACCGGCCAUGAACGACGCGGGCGUUGGUUUCCAUUUCGCUUACGCGCUCAGCCAGCUGUCCCUCGUUCUUUACAUGGCCGACAGAGAUGGCCCGCUCGAUCGAUUCUACUACUGUACAGGCAUUUCUUACAACAUCGUCACUAGAAGUUCGAAGUGGAUAGUGGCCGCUUUUUCUGCGUUCGCUAAUCAGCCGCUGUUCGAUGCCUUCGUCAACGCGUUGGCCUCGUUGUCCACCAACGACAGCCUGCCAGGACUGCCCGCACUGUCGCACUCUAGGCUACUCUUCGUAUCGCUAUGUUACGCCAAGUGUCAAGGUAGCUGGACAGGAGGACUCAUGGAACCCGAAUGCGGAGACUUCCGGCCGUACGUGGAGGCUUGUACAAAAGUAUUCGCCUGUCCGGACGGAGCACCCAUGAAUCGGGCCAAGAAGUGCAAAAGGGAAGUGUUAGUUUCUACAGUAUGUGAUUGUAUUCAUGUUGUUAAACUUUUGAUGUUAGCAGGCGACAUUGAGUCAAACCCGGGACCAACUGAUACUAAUCCAAAUGCCGAUGUGCUAGCUGCUAUCACUGCCCUGUCUGAAAAAUCGGAUGCCCGUCACAUUGAGUUGAUGGAUACUUUAACACAGCUUAAGGCGAACCGAGUUGAGCUAGAGCAGAAAGUAUGCGACCUUACUAACAGGCUUGCGGCUGUCGAAUCUCAGGUACUGUCGCUGGACAGUGAACGUGUUCCUGCGCUCAACGAUGCCAUAUCCGAAGCAGUUCGUGCGGAGUCAGGUGCAUUAAAUUCACGGCUAGACGAUCUUGAGGAUCGCUCCCGUCGAGAUAACCUGAUUUUUUUCGGUAUCCCGGACACUAGCUCUGAAACAUGGGCAGAAUCUGAAGAACACGUUCGAAAAAUUCUUUCAGAAAAACUGGAUCUAUCUUUUCCCGACGAAGGUAUUCAUCGUGCUCACAGACUGGGCUCGUACGUCUCUGAGAAAUGUCGACCCAUUAUAGUUAAAUUCGGUUCUUCCAAAUUAAGAGACAAGAUUAUAUCGCAACGUACGAAGUUCAAAAAUUCCAAAGUAUCAUUCAGUGAAGACUUCUCUCGCGCCACACGCCAGUCCCGCAAAAAGUUGUCUGAUUUCGGUAAGGCUUCGGGAGAGAAGUAUCUCUUGCGGUUGAACCGAUUGUUCAUCAAGAAAAAGUGUUACGUCUAUUGUUCACCCACCGACCGUGUUUGUGAAGUAGAUAUUGCCGAAAAUCGUUCCAGUGAGAACAGAGGCACAUCUGUUUCGGCUUCCACGAAUACUGUCGGGAGUACCUCGUUCGCCGCUAGUAGUUCAUCGCUGUAGCUAUCUGCUCGCCCGGUGGCUAAACCAAUUUCCUUCCU